AGUUCUCUAAAAUGAGUCUCUCUGGAGCGAAAAAGGAGGGGGGCCCUGCCUCUGAAACGAGACUCUCUGGGGAACAUGACACCAAAGCUAAGAGACCAAUCCAGCAGGAGAGACCAGCCUCCCCUGUUCCCAGCUGUGUGUCCAUGAAGAGUGACUGGUCUAUGGAUCUACCUAUGAAGUUUGGAGAGGGAGACUUUUCUACUGAACAAAGACCAAUCAAGCAGGAGAGACCAGCCUCCCCUGUUCCCAGCUGUGUGUCCAUGAAGAGUGACCAGUCUAUGGGUCGUCCUAUAAUGUUUAGAGAGGGAGACUUUUCUACUGAACAAAGACCAAUCAAGCAGGAGAGACCAGCCUCCCCUGUUCCCAGCUGUGUGUCCAUGAAGAGUGACUGGUCUAUGGAACCUCCUCUAAACUUUAGAGAGGGAGACUUUUCUACUGAACAAAGAAACCAACAGGAGAGAUCAGAGUCAGAGAUUCUCAGUGGUCAGUCUUCCCAGAGUCAUCAAACAGACCUGGCCUCCAUAUUCAGUUUGCUUGAAGAGAAAAUUAUGACAUUUGUGAAGAACGAGCUGAAGAUGUUCAAGAGGAUUCUUAGUCCAGAAUUCCCAGAAGGCUUUGAGAGUCAGAAGCAGGAUAAGGAAGUGGUGGAUGCUGAAGAUGAGAAGCAGGAGAGCAGUGCCAGAGAGGGGGCUCUGAAGAUCACACUGCACAUCCUGAGGAAAAUGAACCAGAAGGAGCUUGCUGACACACUGGAGAAAUAUGAGCUUGCUGUGAUUUGCCAACGUGAACUCAAAUCUAAUCUAAAGAAGAAGUUUCAAUGUGUAUUUGAGGGGAUCGCUCAACAAGGAAACCCAACACUUCUCAAUAAGAUCUACACAGAGCUCUACAUCACAGAGGGUGGAACAGGAGAGGUCAAUAAUGAACAUGAGCUGAGACAGAUUGAGACAACAACCAGGAAACAAGCAAGACCAGAGACUGCAAUCAAAUGUAAUGACAUCUUUAAACCCUUAACUGGACAAGACAAACCUAUCAGAACUGUGCUGACAAAGGGAGUCGCUGGCAUUGGAAAAACAGUCUCUGUGCAGAAGUUCAUUCUGGACUGGGCUGAAGGAAAAGCAAAUCAGGACGUCCAAUUUGUAUUUUCAUUCCCUUUUCGGGAGCUGAAUUUGAUGAAAGGGGACAAACACACUUUGAUUGAACUUCUCAAUCACUUCUCAAAGGAAACCAAACAAUCAGGAAUCUCCAACUAUGACAAGUACAAAGUUCUGUUCAUCUUUGAUGGUCUGGAUGAGUGCCGACUGCCCCUAGACAUCCAGAAGAACAAGAUCUGUUGGGACGUCACAGAGUCAACCUCAGUGGAUGUUCUGCUGACAAAUCUCAUCAGGGGAAAUCUGCUUCCCUCUGCUCUCAUCUGGAUAACUACCCGACCUGCAGCAGCCAAUAAGAUCCCUUCAGGGUGUGUUGACCAGGUGACAGAGGUACGAGGGUUCAAUGACCCACAGAAGGAGGAGUACUUCAGGAAGAGAUUCAGGGAUGAGGACCUGGCCAGCAGAAUCAUCUCACACAUAAAGACAUCCAGGAGCCUCCACAUCAUGUGCCACAUUCCAGUCUUCUGUUGGAUUUCUGCAACAGUCCUUGAACACAUGCUGAAACAUAAGAGAGAAGAAAUGCCCAAGACUCUGACUGAGAUGUACACACACCUUGUGGUGUUUCAUACCAAACAGAAGAAUGAAAAGUAUUUUGAGAAAGAAGACACAGGUUCACACUGGAAUAAAGAGAUCAUUCUGUCACUGGGAAAACUGGCUUUUCAACAGCUUGUGAAGGGCAAUCUGAUUUUCUAUGAAGAAGACCUGAAAGAUGCUGGCAUUGAUGUUAAUGAAGCCUCAGUGUACUCAGGAUUGUGCACACAGCUCUUUAAAGAGGAAUGUGGGCUGUACCAGGACAAGGUGUUCUGCUUUGUUCAUCUGAGCAUUCAGGAGUUUCUGGCUGCUGUAUAUGUGUUCCUCUCAUUCAUCAACAACAAUGAGAAUCUAAUGGAUGAACCGCAAACAAAGUUCAGAUACUUUUCGUCGCUCUUCAGAGAGAAGCCUAAAGUUACUGAAGUUACUUUCUACAAGAGUGCUGUGGAUAAAGCCUUACAAAGUGAGACAGGAAACAUGGACCUUUUCCUCCGCUUCCUUCUGGGCCUCUCACUGGAGUCCAAUCAGAAGCACUUACGAGGUCUACUGACAAAGACAAGAAGCAGCUCACAGAGCCAUGAAGAAACAGUCAAGUACAUCAAGGAGAAAAUCAGGGAGAAUCCCUCUCCAGAGAGGAGCAUCAAUCUGUUCCACUGUCUGAAUGAACUGAAUGACCAUUCUCUAGUGGAGGAGAUCCAAAGCUUCCUGAGAUCAGGAAGUCUCUCAGAAGAUCAACUGUCACCUGCACAGUGGUCAGCUCUGGUCUUUGUGUUGCUGACUUCAGAAAAGGAGCUGGAUGUGUUUGACCUGAAGAAAUACUCCAGAUCAGAGGAAGGUCUUCUGAGGCUGCUGCCAGUGGUCAAAGCCUCCAGAGCUGUUCUGCUGUCAGGCUGUGGAGUCACAGAGGAAGGCUGUGCUUCUCUGGUCUCAGCUCUGAGGUCAAACCCCUCACACCUGAGAGAGCUGGAUCUGAGUAACAAUGACCUGAAGGAUUCAGGAGUGAAGCUGCUCUCUGCUGGACUGGGGAAUCCCCACUGUAAACUGGAGACUCUGAGGCUGUCAGGCUGUCUAGUCACAGAGGAAGGCUGUGCUUCUCUGGUCUCAGCUCUGAGGUCAAACCCCUCACACCUGAGAGAGCUGGACCUGAGCUACAAUCACCCAGGAGACUCAGGAGUCAGACUGCUCUCUGCUGGACUGGAGGAUCCACACUGCAGACUGGAGAAACUCAAUGUGGAACAUGGUGGAGAGAACAGAAUGAAACCUGGGCCUAGAAAAUAUGUCUGUGAUCUCACACUGGACCCAAACACAGUAAACAGACUCCUCUCUCUGUCUGAGGGGAACAGAAAGGUGACAUGGAGGAGAGAGGAGCAGCCGUAUCCUGAUCACCCAGAGAGAUUUGAGGGCUGGAAACAGGUGCUGUGUAGAGAGGGUCUGACUGGGCGCUGUUACUGGGAGGUAGAGUGGAGGGGGAGAAUGGGGGCUGGUAUAGGAGUGACAUAUAAAGGAAUCAACAGGAGAGGAGGGGUUAAGGACUGUUGGCUUGGACACAAUGACAAGUCCUGGAGUCUGAUCUGCUCUGACAACAGUUACUCUGCCUGGCACAAUAAUAAUCCCACUACCAUAGACGUCCCCUCCUCCAGCUCCCACAGAGUAGGAGUGUAUCUGGACUGGCCAGCCGGCACUCUGUCCUUCUAUAGAGCCUCCUCUGACACAAUGACCCACCUGAUCACAUUCACCUCCACAUUCACUGAGCCCCUCUAUCCAGGGUUUUGGGUUUGGGAUGAAGGCGACUCAGUGUCCCUAAAAUAAUGGUGAUGGUGACUCAGUGUCAAUAAUAACCUGACACACACACACACACACACACACACAGGACACACACACACAGGACACACACACACUGGACACACACACACUCUGGACACACACACAAUGGUCACACACAGGACACACACACACACUGGACACACACACACACUGGACACACACACUGGACACACACACACACUGGACACACACACUGGACACACACACUGGACACACACACACACUGGACACACACACACACUGGACACACACACACACUGGACACACACACACAGUGGACACACACACACACACACACUGGACGCACACACACACUCUGGACACACACACACACUCUGGACACACACACACUCUGGACACACACACACUCUGGACACACACACACACAUUCUGGACACACACACACUCUGGACACACACACUGGACAAACACACACAAACACACACACAUACACACUGGACACACACACACUCUGGACACACACACACACACAGGACAAACACACACACAGGACACACACAUACACAGGACACACACACACACUGGACACACACACACACUCUGGACACACACACACUCUGGACACACACACUGGACAAACACACACAAACACACACACAUACACACUGGACACACACACACUCUGGACACACACACACACACAGGACAAACACACACACAGGACACACACAUACACAGGACACACACACACACUGGACACACACACACACUCUGGACACACACACACACUGGACACACACACACACUGGACACACACACACACUGGACACACACACACUAUGGACACACACACACACUGGACACACACACACACUGGACACACACACAUUCUGGACACACACACACUCGACACACUGGACACACACUGGACACACACACACACUCUGGACACACACACACACUCUGGACACACACACACACACUCUGGACACACACACACACACACACUCUGGACACACACUCACACACACACUCUGGACACACACACACACUCUAGACACACACACACACUGGACACACACACACUCUGGACACACACACACACACACUCUGGACACACACACACACACUGGACACACACACACUCUGGACACACACACACACACACUCUGGACACACACACACACUCUAGACACACACACACACACACAUUCUGGACACACACACACACACACACUCUGGACACACACACACACACUCUGGACACACACACACACUGGACACACACACACACACACUCUGGACACACAUACACACACUCUAGACACACACGCACACACACACACAUUCUGGACACACACACACACACAUGCGCGUCUUUCUAUAGUUGUGAGGACCUCUGACAACAACACUGUUAAAAUACCAAUGUGAUCAUGUUUUGUCUUUUAUGUUGAACAACUAAUUAUACAAUUAUAUAUAAUUAUAUAUGGGCAUACGCUACAUAGUUGUACAAGUAUACAAGGAUAUAUUGUACUAUUCAUAAUAAAACAUACUUGAAACAAGAAAA